UUGGAUGUACCAUUCAUACCCACACAAUUAUAACAACUGCAUACAGCCUGCAAUUGAAAACGUAAUUAUAAUCUAUCUGAUGUAUACGUCUUAAAAAUAGCUAUGGUGUGUUCCGGAAUCUGGCGUAAACGCACUGUACAUAUACGUUAACUAGAUAUUAAAAGGAGGUGUUUUCCCCCUUUGCGCUUGCCGUAGUUGUUGCGAAACACUUUAGCGCGCAGUUUGACGGUGCGAUGGCAAGAGCCGCCACACGGUAAUUAAUAUUUACUUCAGUUACUCAUUCAAAGCUUCGAAAGUGACGUAAAGUUCAUAACAGUAACUUUGUUGGGUUGACUCCCGCACUGGUGUCUUGUAUACGCGAUGCUACAUGAUGCUAGCGGGCUAACGUAGAACCAAACAACAGCUUCGAGGCAACGCCAGACAUGAGAAGGAGUUUGGCUCCGAGUCAGGUCGCCAAACGGAAGCAAGCGGAUGAGGAUGAUGAAGAGUGGACGUGCACAGCUGAGAAAAGACGCACAAGUGAGCAAGCGAUGCGAGAAAGUCACAUAUCUCCGUUCAGGAAGCCUCUGACGCAGCUGAAUCCUCGGCCUGAGUGUGCAGACGCCGACAAGCACGAGGAAUUCAUUCGUAGGAUCCUCGCCAAGCCGUUUAAAGUUCCCAUUCACAAUUACAAUGGCUCGCUGGGAAUCCGAGCCCUCGGCCUGAAGCGUGCAGGCCUGAGGCGAGCGCUUCAUGAUCCGUUUGCAGAGGACGCACUGGUUUUGUUUGAGCCCCAGUCACUCAGUGCCCACGAGCAGCUCAAAGCGGACAAGGACAAACUUCCUGUCCACGUUGUUGUGGAUCCCGUCUUAGGGAAGGUGCUCAGGCCCCAUCAGAGAGAGGGGGUGAAGUUCCUGUGGGACUGUGUGACGGGCAGACGCAUUCCGGGUUCGUAUGGCUGCAUCAUGGCUGACGAGAUGGGCCUGGGCAAGACCCUGCAGUGUAUCACUCUCGUGUGGACGCUGCUUCGCCAAAGUGCCGACGCCAAGCCGGAGAUAGACAAGGCCAUCGUGGUGUCGCCGUCUAGUCUGGUUCGCAACUGGUUCAAUGAGGUGGCAAAGUGGCUGGGAGGACGCGUGGCGCCUGUGGCCAUAGACGGAGGCUCCAAGGACGACAUUGACAGGAAACUUGUGAGCUUCAUCUCCCAGCGUGGCCUCAGAGUACCGACCCCCAUACUCAUCAUCUCAUACGAGACGUUUCGGCUGCAUGCAGAGGUUCUGCACAAAGGCCACGUUGGUCUCAUCAUCUGCGAUGAGGGCCAUCGGCUCAAGAACUCUGACAACCAGACGUACCAGGCUCUCAACGCCAUGAGAGCCCAGAGGAGAGUGCUGAUAUCAGGCACACCCAUCCAGAACGACCUGCUGGAGUACUUCAGCCUGGUCCACUUUGUUAACGCUGGCAUCCUUGGCACAGCUCAGGAGUUCAAGAAGCGCUUUGAGCUUCCCAUUCUGAAGGGUCGUGACGCUGACGCCAGUGACAAAGACAGACAGACAGGAGAGGACCAGCUCAAGGAGCUGAUCAGCAUCGUCAACAGGUGUUUAAUCAGGAGAACGUCUGACAUCCUGUCCAAGUAUCUGCCGGUCAAGAUAGAGCAGGUGGUCUGUUGCAGACUGACCCCCCUGCAGACUGAGCUUUACAAGCGCUUCCUGAGGCAGGCCAAGCCCGUCGAGGCGCUGCAAGGGGGCAAGAUUAGCGUCUCCUCGCUGUCAUCCAUCACCUCUCUAAAGAAACUCUGCAAUCACCCUGCUCUCAUCUAUGACAAGUGCCUGGAGGGUGAGGAAGGUUUCGAAGGGGCUCUGGAUCUUUUCCCGCCCGGUUACUCCAUUAAAUAUGUGGAGCCUCAACUGUCAGGGAAAAUGUUGGUUCUGGACUACAUUCUUGCCAUGACCAGGACGACCACCAGCGACAAGGUGGUCCUCGUCUCCAACUACACUCAAACACUGGACAUCUUUGAGAAGCUGUGCCAUUCUAGAAGGUACCCGUAUGUCCGACUGGACGGAACCAUGUCCAUCAAGAAACGGGCCAAGAUUGUGGAGCGAUUCAACAGUCCAUCGAACCCAGAAUUCAUCUUCAUGCUGAGCAGCAAGGCAGGUGGCUGUGGCCUGAAUCUAAUCGGCGCCAACCGUUUGGUGAUGUUCGAUCCAGACUGGAAUCCGGCCAAUGACGAGCAGGCCAUGGCGCGGGUGUGGAGAGACGGUCAGAAGAAGACAUGCUACAUCUACAGGCUGCUAUCUACGGGCACCAUCGAGGAAAAGAUCCUGCAGAGGCAGGCCCACAAGAAAGCCCUGAGCAGCUGCGUGGUGGACGAGGAGCAGGAUGUGGAGCGCCACUUCUCACUUGGCGAACUGCGUGAGCUCUUUGCGCUCAACGAGGAGACCGCCAGCGACACACACGACAAAUUUCGCUGUCGCCGCUGCGUCAACGGCAUCCAAGUCCGCCCCCCUCCAGCUGAGUCUGACUGCACGAGCGACCUCUCCCAGUGGAACCAUUGCUUUGACAAGAAGGGCCUGAGGGACCAAGUGUUGAAGGCCUCCUGGGACGCGGCAAUCUCCUUCGUCUUCCACCAGCGCUCUCACGAAGACCAGAGAGGUGUCCUGUGACCGCCUGUGUACAGACAUAUUUAUUCAUUGAUGAGUGUUUUAAUUUUUAUCAAAACUGAAGAAUAAAGUCCUUGUUUGUUUA